AUGAGGAAGAUGGAUGGAGUGGAUGUAAAAGAGCAUUUGCCCAUUGGUUUCUUCGAAACUGUUCGAUCAACCAACUGGAUCGAAAGACGAGAUGUGCUCUCAGCACUCAUUGAUAACUUAUCGCAUUACCCACACAUUGAUCCCAAAAUAAAGUACAGUGAAAUUCUUGCCGAGUUAAAAAUGAUCAUAUCCAAAGAUUCAAAUAUUGUCGUUGUAACACUGGCAUUGCGAGCACUAGCAGCAUUUGUUAAAGGAUUACGAAAAAAUUUUAUGAAAUAUAUACCUAUGGUCCUUCUCCAUGUAUUGGAGAAAUUUAAAGAAAAGAAGGCAUCAGUUAAGGAAGCUGUUGUGGAUUGCUUAUCACUUAUUGCUGAAUACUGUGAUGCCACAAUGCUUUCUAGUCCCAUAUGUGAAGCUUUGGAAAAAACCGCAAAUCCCACUGUGAAAGCAAAUAUAGAUCAGUGGAUUUAUUGUAUCCUAUGUCACUAUCAACGAAGUGCUGUACCUAUAGCGUUUAUCAGAAGUAUUGCACCAUAUCUUGUUAAACACAGCAAAGAUAGUGAUCCAGAUGUCCGUGAGGGAAGCUGCAUGGUUUUUGGCGCUAUUUUGCGAUUAGUUAAAGAAAAAGUAGCAGCUUCUAUCGCCGAUGAUGUAUUCUGUGACAAAACGAAAUCAAAGAAAAUAAUCGAGUACUCGGAAAAAGCCGAGAAGGAUUUUGAAGAAUAUAGGCAGGCACGAAUCGGAACGGAUAUCGCUUUGGAAUCUUGUUCUCUGAGCGGAAAUAUGGAAUGUCAUAAAGAAUCAGUUGGUGGUUUAGUCCAGUCUAACGCAGCGCUUAGCUCCUGGGAAUUGCUGACUGAAACAAAAAUCAGUGAUAAAAUCCCACAUGAUAUACAGUUAAAGUUGGCAUCAAAAAAAUGGAUCGAUAGGAAAGCAACUUUGGAGAUGCUGUAUAAUAUUCUGGAGAACAAUCCGCGACUUUGCCCUGAUGAAGAUCAUUCAGAGUUGAUUGGAAUCCUGUGUAAGUUACUCGAGAAAGAUACGAAUAUUAAUGUAGCUGCAGUUGCAGCGAAGUGCAUAACAGGUUUUGCAAAUGGCUUGCGUUAUAAAUUCGCUAUAUUCAUACCAAAAAUUUAUGUUUCUGUUUUCGAAAAAUUCAAAGAGAAGAAAUUAAUUCUUCGUCAGCCAUUAAUUGUACUUUCUGAUGUCCUUGCUUUAUUUACUCCUCUUUCUACAUAUAUCGAGGUUGUGAGGAUUGCAUUGCAAAAGCCUAAUCCACAGAUAAAGACACAAACUGCUCUCUUCCUCUCAAGAUUAUUGCGUCAACACAAUAUGCAUACUUUACCGUUGGACUGUGUAACGCAGAGGCUUGCACCAGCACUUACUAAGCUAUCCUUUGAUGCGGAUCCAGAUAGUCGUGAAGCGUCGUUUGCAGCAAUUGGAGCCAUCAUGAGAAUUGCUGGCGAGAAUGUGGUGAAUGAUUACUGCGGUGAAAUCAUGCAUGAUAUUAAUAAAUCGACAAAGGUUCGUCAGAACUGUGAAAGUCUGAUACAAGAAUUUGGACUAAAUGCUUCUGCUUCAAUUCUACAGUUACAUCAGAGAACAUGCUCAAUAAUAGCUCCUUCAAAAGUCGGAAGCCACAAAUCGCUCAAUGCUGAUGCAAGGAUGGACUCAAAAUGUAAUAUUAAGACCACAAAAAAAGUGCCUCAUAGAGUGAUUUCAAAGUCAAAAUUUAAUAGUGCGACAGUGUCUGCAGUUGGAAAUCAAUCGGCGCAUUUUGUAUUUUCGACUGCUUCAACCAAACUAAAAUGUAUUCACGUACAGGAAACUAAUACAACUAGAAGUCAUGAAAAGAAUAGUUCAAGCGAAAAAGACAUAUUUUUUGAUGCUUCAGAAGGAGUGGACGUUCUAUCAGGCAGUUCUAGUGAUCCCGACAAUUCACUGAGGAGGAACGAAACAUAUAUUGUAGAUGAGAAAAGAACUGCAAUUACAGAAGAAUCAGUUCCAUUGCAGUCUGCUAGUCGUGAAAUAAAGCAGUUUGGUACAGCCAGCGUCAGAAAUCCAUUGGACCGCAAUGGUGGAUCUCGCUUACCUACUUUGACACUAAGGCCUACAUGUGGAAGUCGCAUUCCUAUACCUGUCUACAAACGAACAUGA